ACAUGUUCUUUGUCACGAUCACUAACCAUCAACCAUUAACCAUCGAUUCCACCACAUUUUCGUCUCACUUCUCAGAUUUUGUUUUUGAAUGAUUAAUAUCUUAUUCCAUUCUCUAUAUCAUUUCUAAUUUAAGUUUUUCUUGUCCCAACUCUUUCUUCUCUUUUGUUUUUCUUAUGUUGUUACCUUUGAUCAUGCCUCAUGUCAUUCUCUCCGUGCACAUCCUGCCUUCCUCCCUAUCUCACCCACUCUCCUCCUCUCAUUGCCUGUCUCCAAUCAACCAGUCUGGUCACCGGUUGGUCCUGGUGUUAGGUGACCUGCACAUCCCCCACCGGUGCAACACCCUGCCAGCCAAGUUCAAGAAGCUGUUGGUCCCGGGGAAGAUCCAGCACAUCCUCUGCACGGGAAACCUCUGCACCAAGGAGAGCUAUGACUACCUGAAGACCCUCGCUGGAGACGUCCACAUAGUCAGGGGAGACUUUGACGAGAACCUGAACUACCCGGAGCAGAAGGUGGUGACGGUGGGUCAGUUUAAGAUCGGUCUAAUCCACGGCCACCAGGUGAUCCCGUGGGGCGACAUGGCCAGUCUGGCGCUGCUCCAGAGACAGCUGGACGUCGACAUCCUCAUCUCCGGGCACACACACAAGUUCGAGGCGUUCGAGAACGAAAACAAGUUCUACAUCAACCCUGGUUCGGCCACAGGAGCCUACAGCGCACUGGAAAGCAACAUCAUCCCCUCUUUUGUAUUAAUGGACAUCCAGGCGUCUACAGUGGUGACGUACGUUUAUCAGCUGAUCGGCGACGACGUCAAGGUGGAGAGAAUCGAGUAUAAGAAAUCUUAAAGGUGGAGGAGGAGGAGGAGGAGGCGUUGGGUUUAGCGUGGCUCAGUGUAUCGUUUCAUUCCUUUCCACCAGGGGGCAGCAUCUCCCCUGCAGUCACCACAAUGUUAAUGCUGUAACAAACUGUUCAGUAACUCUAAAAGAAGAAUAUGUAUUAUAUUGUUUAUACGUCAUCAGCAUUUGCUUGUAUCCCAGCUGUCAUUUGGUAACUGUAGAGAAUGCAAUAAUGUCACAUUUGUUUUCAAAAGAAUUAUUCGGUGCCAUUUAUCUUUUGUUUUGUCAAUUUUUCACCCCCGUCAUAACCAACAGGCCUUUAGCUUCAUGUAGUCGACCUUUAUGUCAAUCAUUUAUUUCCCACAAUAAAGAUCUAAUUUCACUCCA